AUGGAUCCCACAAAUACGGAAAAGCCGCAGAAAAAACCACAGAGAAAGCCGCCUCGUAAGGCCCGCAUUGCGCCAGAGAAGCGGAAAAGAAUUCUCGUCUCCUGUGACCGCUGCAAGAAGCGUAGAGUGCGUUGUAUACCAACGGUCGAAGGAAGUUGUCAGAUUUGUCUUGAUGCCAAGGUUAAAUGCGAAUUCAAUGCACCUCGGAAGAAGCGAAUUUAUGGGAGUCACGAAACGCUCAGUAAACGGUUCCGCGUUCUCGAGGAUUUGGUCGAAGGUCUCUUUCCUGAUAAAGAUACAAGUGAUAUCGACGUUCUAUACGAAAUUGCUGCAAUCUAUGAAGUGACUCUACCUGAUUUCGCGGGCGAUAUCAAGGUCCCCAAUGAGGAACUCUUUUCACAGAUUCCAAAGGAAUUAGCGGAGUCGCCAGCUCAUUCCGAAGGUAGUCAGCAAACCAUGAGACAUGAGCCAAUAGUAGCAGCAGAGAAAUCGGUGGCCUUAUCAAGUGUGCCCCAAGAAAGACUUGUUCCAACACCUGCAGGGAGAACAUCACAUUACAUUGGACCUUCUUCAAGCUUCGGAUUUGUGCUCACCAGUCGUUCGAUGGUCAAGGAAUAUGUUGGCAAUUUGAGGGCUGUCCAACCGGACCAUCCGAGUUUGGAAUUGAUGGCAGACUUCGCGGAAUCAAGAUGGAGUAAAGCUCUAGAACCAAAAGUCGCCGAAGAAAAACAUACUGCGCCUGGACCAGCAGAUCUCGAGCGAGAUGCUCGUGUACCUAAUAGAUCUCACGUGAUUUCGGUCCUCACGGGUAAAGAUCCCUCGGGCGAGGCGCCUCUAUCUUUACUUGUACCUGCUCGCGAAGUUGCAGAUGUUUUAACUGGAUCAUUCUUUGACCGGGUUCAUCCAAACUACAUGCUAUUUCACCGUCGCUCUUUUGAACACCGCUAUGACUUGAUGUGGAGCCAACUUGAUAUCCAAGUACAAGAUUUCGAACCCGGAUGGCUAUGUUCGGUUAUCAUGGCGCUGGUACUUGGAGCUCAAGCUCUUGAGCCACAUGAUGAUACAUACCUGGAAUUGAUUCGACGCUAUGUCGUAUGGGUGGAAGAACAUGUGUAUCAGCUUCAGUGUUCGAGUACCUUGGUCAACGUUCAAGCUCUACUCCUCUUACAAUUGUAUCAACAUAACUUGUCCGAACGCAACACGGCUUUUAUGAUGUUAGGGGCAGCUUCAAGAAUGGCCAUGAAUCUUGGGAUGCAUCAUGAAGGAGCCAUCAAUGACCUCGAUCCAAUCGAGAGAGAGGUGCGACGUCGCGUAUGGUGGACGAUUUAUAUACACGAACAUAAUGCAUGCACGAUACUAGGCAGACCCUGUGCCAUCGAUGAUAGGGAGGUCAGUGCUUGUUUUCCUGACGAAGAUUUACUCGAUGGUAGUGCAUGUGUGCCUAAGAAUUAUGUCGCUGAGUUUGUUCGUUUAACGAAAAUCAUGGCGGAUACUAGUAGGAAGAUGUAUCCAUCCUCUUCAAUACCAGCUCCAAAUGCAGAACAAUUAAGAGUCCGCAUUGCCAACCAAUUACUAACAGAAUUGGAUUCAUGGCACGGUAGCUUACCACCAAAUCUUCGUCUCGAAUACCCAACAUCAUCACCCACCCAUGUGCGAGCGGUUCAUCUACUUCAUCUUCAAUUCCAUCUUAUACAAUCGCUCGUUGUUCGGCCAUUCAUAUUACGAAAAGUGGCUGUACAACUAAGUCGAAACGUAAAGAAGCAUGUUCUCUCUCCAAGCCUCGAUAAACUUGAACUUGAGUUGAGUUACAAAGGCGGCCUGUAUUCCAAGCAAGCUAUCAUGCUCGCUCACAAACUCAUCACGUCAAACCUAUUCAACGGUGUAACUUGGGUCGAUUCAUACUACAUAUACCAUAGUGUAAUCGUCAUUGCCUUGGAUUUCCUAGCCAAAGACGAACCAGACACCGAAGAAGACACCGCUCGCAGAAAGGCCGUCUUCGAAAUCAAAGAUGCGAUGGACAACGUUCGCCUCUGUCCACUCUUCGUCAUUCUCACCCAGGUUGGCUUCCAACUCGCCGAAAUCGUAGGAAUCGUCGAUAGCUACGCAAUCAAUGCUCAUUCUCAACAAAUCGACACCAGAUAUCUGCAACCAAACGUCCAAGAAAUUCCCGACAUUGAUUUUAGUCUCGAAAACUCGCAGCAGGGAAGUAUGGGCGUCAUUGAUUUCUUCCUACAAGGUGACCACGUCAAUCUCCCGUGGAGGGUUGGGCCCGACAGUUUUAAUCAUUCUCCACAGGUUUCUGCCCCGAUGACGGGCGCGUUCCUGGACCGUGGCGUACCUGUUAUGGAUGAGCUUGCCGUGGCCACAACUAUGCAGGCGCAGAUGCAACCACAGCAGCCAUAUAUGGAUUGGCCCGCCGGAUAUGAACUGAACCCCUUCUCGCAAACGCAAUAUGGACAUUCACAAGCCGGUCCGUCGCAUAUUGGCAAUGGCAAUGGCAAUGACAAUAGUAUUCACCAUGCUCACCCUCACUAUGUAAACAUGGCGGAUCCGGCGCAUGCUCAUGCUCAAUAUGCUCAUUCUCAGGCUGGUCCAUCGCAUAGUAAUGGCAAUGGCCGGAGCCUCAACAACUACGAAAUGCAGAGGAAUAAUUGA